AUAAUGUUCGAGAUGUAUGCAGCAUUUGGCACGUAAACAGUGAAAUGAUUCCAGACUGGAUAGAAAGGGAAAUACAGAAAGCACAAUGGAUAUCUGGAAAAUUAAAUUGUAUGCACUGUGGAGCCCGUCUAGGGGGAUUUAAUUUUGUUAGCAGUAUAGUGUGCUCCUGUGGCCUGUCAGUAACUGUUCAUCUUUGCAAGAGUCGUACUGACAGAGAUCCUGCUCUCCCAGUCAGAGUCAGAAAUCCCUCUCUGGACAGGUUUUGUCAUUAUCAAGCCACGUCCAUAAGAAAUAAAAAAAAUUUGGGACAUGGGUCCGAAAACAUCUUGACAUCUGAGGAAAAGUUACAGAGUUCCUCUAUGGAAUCCUGCACUCCUGCUUAUAAUAGUGGACUAAGAAAAUUAACAGACGUGCUUUGUCUGGAGGUAAGACCAGAUACAGUGUUCUUGAAGAAUGACCGGGAUAAAAUCCACUGUAAAACCUGUAGUCCACAUUUGCUUCCUUCUGUGUCAUCCCCAGCAAAUUCAUGUGCUGUAAAGCAGUUUCAUAAAAUGUCACAUAGUUUGGAUUAUAACAUCAGAGGUUCUCCUAGUAUUUUGCCUGUCUUUAGUAGAACUUGCAGUCCAACUUGUAUGGGAGUGCUACAGACUGAAAUGCAGGCCUAUAGUCAAGUAAUAAGUGUGCCGCUACCGAACACCAUAUCCAGCACAGCAAGACAAGAUUACUGUUUUACAAAUCAUCCUGAGAUUCUGCCUGGGUCUUCCGCAUCUUCCAGUAACAUCUGCACAGAGAUUGAUCAUGGGUAUCAUAACAGUCCAGUACCUGUUUCAGGGCGCUUGCCACAUCAUGCGACCACCCAGAGCCCUACUGUAGUGAUGCAGUCGCCAUCUAGUAACUCUACAGAAGAUGAAGAAGGAGAGGGUUACGGAGUUUCUGAGAAUUUAUUCUUGCCUUCAAAUGUCUUGCCACAAACCACAACAGGAAAAAGAUUAAGGAAGAGAGAAAAGAACAAGCUUAAGAGUUUGAGAAGGAAGCAGAGGAGGCGAGAAAGAUGGUUACAGAGUCAACAGACAACUGAUCAAGCAAGUACUGAUGAUGAUGAUGGCGAAGAAUAUACCGCAGACAAAGAUGGCUGUGUAUGUGCUGUGUGCUUGGAUGUUUACUUCAGUCCCUACAUGUGCUACCCAUGUCACCAUAUCUUUUGUGAACCUUGUCUACGGACACUUGCGAAAGACAGUCCUACUAAUACACCAUGUCCACUUUGCCGUACUGUCAUCUCAAGAGUCUACUACCAAGCAGAACUGAAUAACACUACUAAAAACAAUUUCCCAAAGGCAUAUUCAUCACGGAAACAGUACUUUCAGAAAAGCAGUUGCUCAAAAUGGCCACUACCAAGCUGCAGAAGAUUAUUCAGAGUCUUUGGAGGUUUCAGUAGGCAUAUGAAUUUCCUAAGAAGGAGACAAUUUCCUCAUGGUGCAUACAGACUGGAGAACAUGGACUUUGAAGAUGAGAACCAUGGGUGGAGAUUUGAUAUGGACAUGGUGAUCAUCUACAUCUAUUCUGUCAACUGGAUCAUUGGAUUUAUUAUCUUUUGUUUUCUGUGCUACAUUUUCUUUCCCUUUACUUAGUAAACUAUAUUUAUAGCUUUAUUUAAAAAAGUAUUUCAUUAGACCUAAAGAAAUGAAAGUUAAAUUUUCUUUCAAAAAUGUCAACUGCUAUAAUCUGUAUUAAAGAAAAAAUGAAACUUGUUGAAGUUUUUCCAGUUUUAUUGAAAUUUAUUUUUAUUAUACCGAUAUCAAGCCAUUGUAUUUAAGGUUUAAUGAAAUUUAUUUUCAGUGGUGUUGCAGUCUCAUUAGUGUUCACUUAUGGACUUAGAGAAGUUUCCUUGCUGCCUUACUAUGUUCAGUUAUUAAAAAGCUGCUUCAGAAUUUUAAGGGUUACCUGAAAUUUGCUUCAGAGUAUUUUCAUAGUAUUGCAUUAACACUCUUGAGUUUAAUUUAGUUCUGUUUCUAAAAAAUGUAUAGUUUACGUUACUACUUAUAUCUUUUGCAUAGGUAUGUAAACUGCCACUUGGUAAUACAUUUUCAUUUUGCUGUGUAACAGCACAUAGAACGCAGUGUGUAUUCAAAAAAACAGUGUUAAAUUGGAUACUGCUCAAAUAAACUGCAUCACAGAUU